AUGGCGCCUCCGGUUGCGCCGCCGACGCCUCAAUCACAGGCACCGGAAACCACGUUCGAACCAUGUGCGUCGACAGCCUCGUUAUUCCUCUACGCUCAAGGAUCGGUGAUCAAUUGCCUCCAUCAUGACACCCUCGCGCUCGAGAGACGGUUCGACCAUCACAAGUCUGAUAUUUCUUUCAUAUCGGUGGACAAUGUUAGCGAACGAGGUUCAGGAAGACUAGUCGCCAGUUAUGACACGGGACAGACGACGAUCGUAUGGGAUCUUUUUACCGGAGCUGAACUCGCUCGGUUUGCAGCGUUUGAUCAUCUACGAGUAGCUGCCUGGAUGCGUAAUGGCAAUGUAGCGUUUGGAAACGGAAAGGGCGAUGUCAUUCUUUUCGAGCCUUCCACUUCGGAGCAUGUCUCGACGAGGACCAUUUUCGACCCCAUUACAGCUUUGGCGCCGGCCUCUGACUGCCGAACAUAUGCCAUUGGCUAUCAGAACGGUUCCAUUCUGAUCGCCACUCUUCAUCCCACGUUUAACAUCCUUCAUACCAUGUCAACCUCACGAGGCCCGUCACCCAUCGUCUCGUUAGCAUGGCAUGCGUCGUCGUCAAAGCAAAAGUCCGAUAUGCUCGCGACUCUAUCCUUCAAUGGAGACCUGAGAGUUUGGAGUAUUUCAAAACCUCCUGGCAAAGAGGCUCCGCGGGUCAUCAGAGUGCUCAAGCGAUCCGACUCUUCCUCAGCCGAGCCUAAGUGGAUGGCGUGGUCAAAGAACGGCCGGAUCGUGCAGUUUCUCGAUGGAGAGACCUGGGCAUGGGAUGUCAAAACGAAACACGUCACUUAUGAACCGAUUCCGACGAUAGAAAGCCCUCGUGGUUUCGCUAAUUAUGGCCCGACUGCUACUCUUUUCACUCUUGGCCCUAACUACACAGUGCAGCAGUACGAUUUAGAUAAUCCGGGAAUGGUUGCUAAUGUGCAGCAUAUUCCUGCUGGAGCCCUUACUGCAACUUCUGAAGACCCGAGGGGAGCGCCCCUAGAACCACGAGCCUUGCAGGAUCCGCCGGAGCUCAGAGAAGCAGCGCGCAUGUACGACGGCCGGCCACCUUUUGACCAGAGCGGAGUAGACGCCGUACGGCAGCAGCGUGCAGAGAUGAGCAGUCCAGUAUCGUCGCGGAGUCACGCCAACUCUGUGAGCUCGAAAGCAUCUUCGGGGAAAUACAGGAUGGUGCCAUUUUCACCACCGAGUAGGUCGGGACAGACGGGUACAUCGUUCUCGCUAGCUUCAGCAAGUGGAAGAGAGACUCCUCAGCAGUCUGGGGCCUCGUACACGUACGCCUCCUCGGUCUCAAUGUCGUCGGUGAAAAGCUCUCGCGCGGCAUCCCGACUGCGAAAUGAGGUGCAAUUUAGCCCAGCCGACCAGCGUAUUGAUUUGUUUCCAUUCACUCGUGCGCGCCUCAACGACGUGCCGUAUAGGAACCAUCGCCCCAUAGAUGAGACCCAUCUCACGCCAAACGACCUUCGGCGACAGAUGCUGAGCGUCGUGUUUGGAUGGGAUGGAGAUAUCCAAGACCUGAUUAGAGACGAACUCUUUCGUCACCCACCCGGUAGUCAGAGUGCCAUUCUGUUGGCGCAAUGGCUCGGCCAAUCCGACUCUGACGCAACUGCGGCCAUGAUCAACUCGGGACCGGCGACAUUGACCGAUUGGAUGCUCUUGGCCAUGAGCCAGAUGAAUGGCGAGUCGCAAGCGAACAAGGUCGGCCAAGCCUUUGCGCAAAAGUUGCUAGAGAUUGGCGACAUACAUACAUCGGCUACCGUUUUGCUGGGCCUGGGCGAUAAAAACGAAGCUAUUGAAGUCUAUGUCUCUCAGAACUGCUACAUGGAAGCGAUCCUGAUGACUUGUCUUCUGACGCCGACGGAUUGGCAGCGCCAGUCAUAUCUGGUGCGACGAUGGGGUGAGCACGUCGUUUCCCAUGCUCAGCAGCAGCUGGCAAUUCGAUGCUUUAUGUGUACCGGUGUAGAGCCCUCCGAUCCCUGGACUUCUCCCGCUGCUCAGCAAGCUGCGUCUUUUGCGGAAAUCCUUUCAGGACGAUCGCCGAUGACGUCUCCUGAGCCACAGCCUUUGCAGCAACAGUCGUCGAAUUUUCUUCGGCCGACUAUGAAUUCACAGUCAAAGGUGCCGCCUAGCACCAGACCGAACGCGAAAACUCCUGCCCUCAAGCUGAUCACGUCAUUUGAUUCUCAGCCCGGCAAGUUCCGGUUCCCGGGUCUGAAAUCAGACGAUAGAACACCAACAAAUGCCCCGGGAAUUACACCUAUCGCCGAGUCGGCUGUAGGAGGGUCUGCUAUAUCCCCCGGGGGACUUGGGUCCUACAGAGCGAACAACAUUCAGAGUCUGAACAAUGCGAUGAACGCAAGGACAGGCACGCCUGCGUUCAACCGGAGACGCUUGCCCUCCAUUGGGGAAACGCCCGUUGAUGUCCAUCCACCCACUUUCUUGCCAAGUGGCUUGAAUCACUCCGUGGAAUAUGCCUCGUCGGUGGAAAGCACCAGCAGGCUGCAUGAUGGAAGCCAAAGUCAGGACGAGGAGGUCUUGUCGUCUUUGUUGCCGUCUGCACGGUACAAUCCUGAAAAAGACACGUUUAAGCCGAGUCCGCAAACUGCCGUUCAGGCGAACUCGGAUAAGUUUGCAACCAUCAAGGGUCUUCCUUCCCCAAGCCCUGGCGUAUUCGAGGCCCUCAGGGAACGUUCGGACAGUCGGAACGGAUCCAGAGACCGAAAGCCAGGUGGUCUGCAGCUUCACCUGUUCCAGCCCGAUGCUCCAGACAGUGAUUUGCUAGGUCCACCUAGCGGUACAAUGAGUAAUACUCGGAGCCCGGCAUCGACGCUAAACAGUUACAAUUCAGCGAAAAGUCCCAGUGUCAGUGGUCGGAGCAUGGACCAGUACAUCAACAGUCUCGACGAGGCGAAUUAUCGCUCACAAAAAUUCAGUCGAGGAAGGCGAAACACGGACGAUUCGGUCAGCCAAAGCUCAGCACGACGGAUCACUUCGAGGAAUACUUCCCAGGAAACCACUCGAGGACGAAACGAGAGAAGAUACAUUCAGCCUGCUAAACGAUCGCCGUCCUCUCCGGUUCCAAUGUCCCCGGAGGAGAUAGCUCAAUACAGCAAGAGCACAGGAAGCAAACACCCUGCGAGCAAAUCACGUAAUGGCAGCAGAGUGAGAAAGCCACGCUCUCGACACUCAUCGGAGCGUCAUCAGCAUCGUUCUGCCAGUCGACACGCCGCUAGCCGAAUGGCCGCAGACAAGAAUGACCCUGCUCAUCGGGGGCGCAGCAUCGAUAGGCGAAGCUCCGGGGAUAGAUCACCGUCUGCCCCAUUACCUGUACCUCAAGCGGAGGAUGCCUUGAGGCUGGUCGCUAGUGACAGGGAAAGAUUGCGGAGUCACCAACGCAGUAGCAGCCGACGUCCUGACAAGGGCGGGUCGAGAAGGGAUGCGUCUCCCGAGAGCAAACAUUCGCGGGCACCAUCUCAUAAUCGGCAAGGCCAUGAUACAAACAUGAACAUUAACACCGACACCGAACAGCGGGCUAACGGGUUGAUGACGAGUGAUAUUGCUCAGACCGAUACAUACGUCCAAGAGAGAACCCGUGAAAUGGAAGAAGUGGAGAUGCAGGCUCGAAAUGCAAGUGCACCAACCUUGCCACCUAUAGCACUAUCAGAACAGAGGCGAAAGGAGCUCGCAGCUGCUGAACUGGAGGCCCGGCGGCUUUCAAUUGCGCGCAACCCUUCAGCCCCAAACAUACCUUUUCCUGGAGAGCUGCAGUACAGCCGAAGCCCCCUAGGCAGCCCACCUCUGUCCAGAACCUCUGCCAACCAGCGUACACCGGCGAGAAGGAGAGCGUCGACCAGCAAGGCCUCGCCAGACUAUCCCAGCAGCUCCGAUUCGAAUUCGUCGAGGUCAGGAGGACCUCUUGGUCUGCCAGCCACUCCGAAAGCCAUGCGUCACCCGAAGUAUCCUAACGGCUACGAAGAGACCGUCUCCUCGGGGUCUAGUGUUCCAGACAACGUUAUAACACUGAGUGAUGCCAGGUACCAAGGCGAAGCCGAGAGAAUCGGCCGUUCAAUGUCCGUUCCAGUACAGGAGCAUCAACCGGGUCCCAUGCCUGUCGACCUGCCAACCCAUCCGAGGUUCAACCCCCGCCUCCCGCGAAGCAGAUCGACCAGUAGGAGCCGGAACAUCGGUCACCGGCGAGAAAGUUCUCGAGAGCUGGGAGGCUCCGGUGGCUAUCCGUACGGCUCUUCUCCAGUCACCGUCAGUAUCGAGGAGACGAUCGAAAAUUCUAUGGGCCUGAAGGAAUUCGAGAAUCCUCCAAUCCUGCCAGAAUUACAGCAUCUGAACACUCCCCCACCUCCUCCGCCUCCUGCUCCCCUUGGACCUGUUUCCCCUCGGGCAUCCUCCGGGACUAUAGACAUUGCUAUUGACAACGAGAACCUGGGCAGAUUGCUCCCUCGAGCUAUGACAGCGGCCCCGGCAAUCAGUACGGAAACGCGGCCUACCAUCGAGCGCCGGCGCACGUCAUUUGACCAUCGGCGGGGCAAGAGCGUCAACCAGAGCUUCACGAACAAGAUCCGGAAUCUGACACGCAUGCGCAGCAACAGCCGCGGACUAGACAAUUGGACAUCUUCCCGUGAGACGGGUGUCCCUUAUGAAAGUGUACAAAUGUCGGAAGGCCGGAUAUAA